CCUGGCGCUAUCUCGCCUCGAUUCAGACUCCCAAAACGUCAACGGCGCCGAAACCUCGGCCUCUCUCUUUGUUAAACAAGUCAACAACGUAUUAAUAUCAUUCGAAUAAUAUAACAAUUAGAAAGUCAUCAACAAGCCCACUCAAUCGCCAAAUCACGAUUCAUUCCACGUCCCUACUCCCUCCCUCCCCCUUACCGGUUCGACGGAUCACGAUAAGAUCGAGCGAUUCGUUUACUCGUCACGCCGGCCCACGAUUCGUGUUGGCGUAAAAAAAAUAAAAAAAAAAGACCGCCUGACAGACAGCUCCACGAUUCACCCGUAGCCAGCCGUCCGAUCAGGCUGGUACCGCUGCCGCGAUUGUGCAAAACAACCGCAGCUAGUACCGUCCCUCCGAAGCCACGGACGGACUGCCUGGAAGCGGCAUAGAAUCCACGCACGGCAGCUCCUCUGGGCCCGCGCAGCUGCGCCCAAGAUGGCGAGCUCAUUCGAGAAGUCGGUCAAGGGCGCGACCAAGAUAAAGGCCGCGCCUCCGAAAACCAAGUACAUCGAGCACAUUCUGAUCGCCACACACGCCGGAGAAGCUGGGGUUGGGGAGGUGUUCCGGGCGCUGCAGAACCGACUGCGCGACUCGACAUGGACGGUUGUGUUCAAGAGUCUGAUCACGGUGCACUUGAUGAUCAGGGAGGGCUCUCCAGAUGUGACGCUAUCAUACCUUGCAAGGCAUAGGAGUAUGCUCGCUAUCAGCAUGUUUUCCGACGCCUGGUCCCGGGCUUGGAGGUUACGAGGACAACUUGCUGACGAGGCUUAUGGAUUGAUAGCCCAGACACAGGGACGCAACAUCAGGCAUUAUGCCGAGUACCUUGAAGAGAGGGCUCGCGCAUACAAGCACACGAGGGUCGACUGGGUUCGGGCAAAGGAGUCGCGGCUGGAGAAGUUGACUAUUGACAAGGGGUUGCUGAGGGAAACAGAGGUCGUGCAGCAGCAGUUGACGGCACUUCUCAAGUGCAAUGUCUUGGAAAACGACCCAGAGAACGAGAUUACGAUAACCGUUUUCAGGCUCCUGGUCCUGGAUCUGCUUGCGCUUUUCCAGGUACUAAACCAAGCCAUGAUCAACAUACUCGGUCACUUUUUUGAAAUGUCAAAAGUCGACGCAGACAGAGCUAUGGGGAUCUACCGCGCCUUUACGCGACAGACAGACUAUGUAGUGCAGUUCCUGAGUGUUGCGAGACAGCACGAGCAUCACACCAGGGUCGAGGUUCCUAAGCUGAGGCAUGCCCCUGUGAAUCUCGGCAGGCAACUCGAGGACUACCUGAAAGAUCCGGAUUUUGAGAUAAACAGGAGACAAUACCUGGCCGAGCUCGAGGCCAAGAAGAACAAGCCAUCUGGAGGCGGCAGUGCCACGAAGAAGUUUGGUGCAGGAGCUCAGGUGGCCAGCAAGACAACCUCAAACCAGACACCCGCACCAGCUGCAAACGGAACUGCCAAACAAGAAACCGCCGCGGCCACAAAGGCACCAGAACCAGACCUGAUUGACUUUUUUGAUUUUAUUGAGCAAAAGCAAGCACCAGCGCAGGCCCAGCCACAGGCUCAGGCCAAUAUGUCCCCUUGGGGUAGCCAAGCUGCACCUAACAUGGGAGGCUUCCAGACGCAACCGACGGGGCAGCAGUUCCAAACCAACAAUAACUUUAUCCCACAACAAACAGGUUUCCAAGCUACGAACCCGUUUCAACAACAACAACAACAACAACAGCAGCAGCAGCAACAGCAACAGAACUUUGGUGCUUUCUCACCGCAGCAACAACCGCAGUCACCACCACAGCAGCAGCAGCAACAGCAGAUGAUGCCUCAGUACACAGGGGCACCUUUCGGUGGCAUAUCUGCCCAGACUGGCUUCCAACCAAGCGCCCUUGGAUCCAUUCCUCAGGACUCGGUGGCUUCGUUCCAAACCAACAACACUCUAUCGGCCCUCAACCUUCAGACUGGUCAACAGCAAGUCACAAACCCGUUCCGCGCAUCAAUGAUGAUGACGGGUCAGCAGCCGCAGAUGACGGGCCAAAUUCAGCCGCAAUCGACCAACCCAUUCGCCAGGCCACAGACCCAGGCUUCUCAACAACCGACGCUCAGUGGCUCAUCACCUUUCCAGUCACAGCCACCGGCGGCGGCACCUUUACAGCCCAUGGCGACGGGCACGAACCCGUUUGCGAGGAACGGCACAGCUGGAAUGCAACGGCCAGCUACAAGCGCCGCGCUCGUACCGCAGCCUACUGGAAGCACAAACCCUUUCAGGCAAAGUGCUUUCACAAAUCACUCGACAGGAAUGGGGUGGCAACAGCACCAGCAGCCCAUCGGUGGAGGUCUGGAUCACUUCGAGACCAUCCCUGUAUUUCCCAGACCAACAACAUCAAGUCCAUGGCAGAGUUGA